GCAAAUGUAUUGUUAUAAUAGAAACGACUCAGAUACCCGUGAACAAAAAAUUACACCUUGGGAAGUGGAAGGAGCUGUUAUUAAUGGCCAAGUUCAAGCAAUUGAUUAUAAUAAGCUAAUAGAAAAAUUUGGAACACAGCUCAUUGACAACGCACUUUUACAAAGGUUCCAAAAAUUAACUGGAAAAGAACCUCACACACUCUUAAGAAGAGGAAUUUUCUUCUCACAUAGAGAAUUUUCGAGAAUUUUGGACCGUUAUGAGCAGGGAAAACCUUUUUUCAUUUAUACAGGACGCGGUCCGAGUAGUUCGAGUAUGCAUCUCGGUCAUAUGGUUCCAUUUGUAUUUUGCAAAUGGUUGCAAGAAGCUUUCAAUGUACCAAUUGUCAUUCAAUUAACCGAUGACGAAAAAUUUAUUUUCAAACCUGAAUUAAAAUUUGAGGAUGCGCGUCAGUUCGCACGUGAAAAUGCCAAAGAUAUUAUUGCAUGUGGUUUUGAUUUAGAUAAGACAUUUAUUUUCUCAAAUACUGAUUAUGUUGGAGGUCCAUUCUAUCAUAAUAUUGUAAAGAUCGCGAAAUGUAUCACGUAUAAUCAGUCAAAGGCGACUUUUGGUUUCAAUGAUAGUGAUUGUAUCGGCAAGAAUCAUUUUGUUGCCAUACAAUCGGCACCUUCGUUUUCCAAUAGUUUUCCUCAAAUAUUUGGAACUCGACAUGAUAUUCCUUGUGUGAUUCCUUGUGCUAUAGAUCAAGAUCCAUAUUUUCGGUUAACGCGUGAUGUCGCACAUAAGUUGAAAUAUCCUAAACCUAGUCUUCUUCAUGCUAAAUUCUUCCCGUCGCUACAAGGUUCCCAAACAAAAAUGAGCGCCUCUGUGGAUAAUUCUGCAAUUUUUAUGUCGGAUACUCCCAAUCAAAUCAAAAAAAAGGCUUGUGGUGGUGUUACUGCUGAACUUCAUCGGGAGAAUGGAGGUAACCCGGACGUUGAUGUUCCUUAUCAGUAUUUAUCAGUAUUUUUGGACGAUGAUGAAGAAUUGGCUUCAAUUUAUGAGAAAUAUAAAUCCGGGGAAAUGCUGACUGGUGAAAUUAAAGCGCGUUGCAUUGACGUAUUACAGAAAUUCGUUGGUGACUUUCAAAAGCCUAAUCCUCAGUUGGUUUCUCUUUUACAAGGAAAACUUGGACAGUUAAUAGGAAAGUCUUCGGGUUAUAUUGAAAACUUACCGGAAGACGUAAAAGCUCGAAUCAAUAGUUUAAAAUAUUAUCAAGCUGAACAUGCGAAGUUGGAAGCAAAAUUUCAAGAAGAGAUCUUGGCAUUAGAAAAAAAAUAUUUAGAACUAUACAGACCUUUGUAUGAAACACGUUCCAAGAUCGUUCGUGGGGAGCGCGAACCAACUGUAGAGGAAGUUCAGGCUGGAGUCAAACUGGAUGAGGAAGAACAAACAAAAGAGGAGGAAAAUGUGGUUAACGAAGAGAAUAAAGUACAAGAAAUUAUUGAAGGACCUGUUAAAGGCAUUCCAGAGUUCUGGCUUACUUCAAUGAAAAAUUUAAUUACCAUUGAAGAGAUUAUUACUGAACGCGAUGAAGAUGCAUUAAAGCAUUUGAUCGAUAUAAGGAUGUCAUAUCUUGAAAAACCUGGAUUCCGACUAGAUUUUGAAUUUGAAGAGAAUCCAUAUUUUACGAAUACCCUCUUGACAAAGACAUAUUAUUAUCAAGAGGAACCAGGUUAUGGAGGUGAUUUCGUUUAUGAUCAUGCUGAAGGCACGCCAAUUAAUUGGAAAGAAGGAAAGGAUCUUACGGUUACAGUGGAAACGAAAAGGCAAAAGCGUAAAGGUACUAAAGAGACUCGUGUAGUAAAAACCACAGUACCUGCCGAAUCAUUCUUUCAAUUCUUCAAUCCGCCCACUGAACUGGAAGAAGAUAAUGAUGAUUUGGAUGAUAAUAUAGAUGAGCGACUUGAAAUGGAUUAUCAAAUUGGAGAGGAUAUAAAAGAAAAACUUAUUCCUCGUGCUAUAGAUUGGUAUACUGGUAAAGCUUUGAAAUAUGAGGAGAUUGAAGAGAAUCCUUUCUUUACCGGAGGAAAAAAUGGAAAGACGAAUGCAAACAACAAUAAAAUCAAAGGAGUAUUAAACCGUUAUUAA